GACGUCAAGGAAACCCUAUCUCGCGCUGAGCCCUUCUUUAUAUAAAUCUCGCCGCAGAAGAAAUCCCAUUAUAACAUUAGAGAGAGAGACCGAUUUACGGGAUUACACGCGCUCACAGUGUUCAGAGACCUCAACAACCAAACAGCCUCUUUCUUUCCCAUCUCGAGGAUUUAACUGUCUACCUGCACUGAUGCGUGACUUCCACUGAUGUGGGACAACUUCUGACGUUUGUUCGUAGCUCUUGACUUCCACUGAUGUGGGACAACUUCUGACGUUUGCUCGUAGCUCUUGAUGAACUCUUAUUCCUAUUCCUGAGUUUGGACAUUCGGUUGUAUCCAGUCUUCAUCCAUUUCACUCAAUUAUGGACUUUUACUUUCUGAGAAUACUUUGGAGAUUCUCAUCUGUUCCAUUAUUUGUUUUAUAGUCCAGUCCAAGGGUGUUUUUUCAGCGCACCUUUAUUUUAAAGGGCGAGUUUGUUUGAUUUAUUUUAUUAUCUUAUCAUCAUGCUGUUGAGCAUGCGACGACAUAGUCUGAGGCUGCAGCACCAACUCCACCGGUGGAGCAUCAGUGAUACCGGGAGCCACCUAUCAGACAGCCUCGUGUCUCCAGCGUGCAUGUCCCGCUCCAAAUCCUGUACGAACUCCGCCGGGGAAUCAGAUGGGAGCCGCGACAGCUGGGCCUCUUUAGACUCCGCAGACUCCGUCAUCUCCACUGGGUCUACCGGGAAUGCCGGCGGCAGCACGAGACCGUUUCGCGUGGUGCUGCUGGGCGCCAGAGGGAUCGGUAAAACCGCGAUUGCCAGCAUCUUCGCUGGAGCGGCAGACAGCAUGGACAGUGACGAGUGCGAGCUCUAUGGAGAUGAGGUGUGUGAGCGGACUAUCACAGUGGAUGGAGAGAAAGCCACAGUCACUCUAGUGGACAACUGGGACUCAGAGGAUGAGGGAGGGUCGUCUCAGGACCAGUGUAUACAGACAGGCGAUGCGUACCUGCUGGUCUACUCUAUAACUGACCGGUCCUCCUUCCUGCAAGCCUCAGAGCUACGUAUAUCCCUCCGCCAACACCGCCCUGCCCACCACACGCCAAUCAUCCUGGUGGGAAACAAGUGUGACUUGGUCCGCCGCAGAGAAGUGUCAGUUAACGAGGGCCGUGUGUGCGCUGCAGUGUUUGACUGUAAGUUCAUCGAGACGUCAGCAGCAAUGCAACACAACGUCUGGCCAGCCUUCCAUGGCAUUGUACAGCAGCUACGACUACGCAGAGACACCAAGGAGAACAACGACCGCCGCAGACACACACACUCACACACACGCUGCGACAGCAUACCCAAGAAGGCCAAACGCUUCCUGGACAAGAUGGUGGCCAAGAACAAUGCCAACGUGGCAUUCCGUCUGAAGUCCAAAUCCUGCCAUGACCUUUCAGUGCUCUAAGACCCAGGACACACACACAACCCCACCCCUACUGCAGUCUACAUUAGACUGACCCUUCAAAACUGUCACCCCAUUCGCCAGCCUCUGUGACGGUCUGGAGAAUCAACCAAUGGACAUGCAGUGUUCUGACAAUCUCAGCCGACAGAGAGAUUGAAAUAGGAAAAGAGAGAGAGGUGCUAGAUAAUUAGUGAUCUCUAAUCCUUUUAGGAUCCCUCACUGAGACUCACUUCUCUCUCUCUCUCUAUCAUCCCUCGUUCUCUCUCCCAAGUGCUUUAACUAGGUUACCCGGACAAUUUGAAUUCUGAUAACAAGGUGUUUGUAUGUCUGUGGUUUUGUACAUAGUCCUAUCUGUCCGAUUGAGAUAACUGACAAUCUACACUGCUCGUCUUGUGUAUGUUCUGCUGUGUGUGGAUAUUUACCGUUGGUUUUGUUUAGCAGUGGAAUAAAAUCCAUAUUUCCUUUAAAAUGUCAUAAUGUUCACUUGUCGUCUUGCUAGACUCCAAUAACAUCACAAACACGCUAUUGGAACAUGACACAGAGCAGUUAUAUCCUCCCCUCAGAGGUAACUCCUCUGUGUGUGUGUGUGUGUGUGAGUGUGUGUGUGUGUG